UUUUGAGAUUAAGCUAAAUAUCCGGUACGUUCUUUCUUACGUGCAUCUGUAAAUAUUUAAACAUAUCUUUAUAAUUAAUAAAAAAAAAUGGCAGACGUUGCUGCUAAUCCGAAGACCAAAACAAAGGCACAGAAGAAGCCAGUAGAAAAGGCUUCCGAACCUGUACCAUUAAAAAAACGGCCUUUCAAAAGACAUGGACGUCUUUAUGCUAAGGCUAUUUUUACUGGAUACAAGCGUGGUCUUCGUAAUCAACAUGAACAUACAGCCUUAUUAAAAGUUGAAGGAGCAAGAACUAAAGGUGACUCCGAUUUUUAUAUCGGCAAGAAAUGUGUCUACGUAUACAAAGCUAAGAAUAGGACACCUGUUCCUGGUAAAACUACAAAAAAAACUAAAGUAAGAGCCAUUUGGGGUAAAGUAACUCGUCCACAUGGUACCAGUGGUUCAGUUCGUGCUAAAUUCAAGAGAAAUUUACCAGCCAAGGCUAUGGGUCAUCGCAUUAGAAUUAUGCUGUAUCCUAGUCGAGUUUAAGUUUAUACGUAAUAUAAAUAAAUAAAAAUAUCAACAUCAAUUUAAUUUA